AAGACGGUUCAAAAGCGGCGUUGUUGUGAACCGGAUAUAAUCCUAUUUUGCUAGAGCAAAAAUAUCCACGUUUGAGUAGUAACGUUGUGAACUAGCUAGCUAUUUUACCCACUACUUUAGCGUUAUUUAUGACAUUUUGUAUUAUACAUAGAUUUGGUGUAUACAUCAGUCGUUAGAGUCAUCUGACGCCAAGUUUGAAAUCCUACAGUGUGUUGUUGCAUGAAGAGUUUGCUUGCAGGACAAGCAGUUUGUAAUUUAUUAAAAGGUGACUACAUCUGUUUUGAUGGUUAGUGAGCGAUUAUUCUUUGCAGACUACAUUUUAUAUUUUUCUCAGGAAAACGAACUGCUGAAGAACCGUUAAGGACAUGGCUCAGCAUGCUGAGGUCUUCUCCUGGUUCACCCACCCGGUGUAUAACCGGUACUGGCAGCACUAUCGGAUGGCCAUGAGCUGGCAGGAGAGGCACAAGCAGGCGUACAGAAGGGCGCUUGCGGCCUAUGCCUUCCCCCCGUUCCCUUGGCCGAACCCCGCGGCCGGGCCCCCGCGCUACGCGGACUGGCACGCCGGUGAACACGCGGCGGCGGGAGAGAGGAGCGAGACGGACGAGCGCGACUCGGGCUCCGACAGCGAGAUCGAGUGUGACGUCAGCAACAUGGAGAUCACGGACGAACUGCGGCAGUACUUCGCGCAGACGGAGAAACACCGCGAGGAGCUGAAGGAGCAGCAGCGCCGGGAUGCAGAGCAGCAGGCCUCGUACGUGUUGGCCGACCGCGACCUGCACAGGGUUUCCCUGCUGAGCGCGGCGCCCCCGGUGGAGCGUCCGGGGCAGCGCAGGGCCGUGGAGAUGCGUCGGCUGUACGGCGAGGAUGCGGCCAGGAUCCAGGGCAUGGAGACCGCCGUGCAGCUGGCCUUCGACCGCAACUGCGACCGCAAGCAGCCCAAGUACUGGCCCGUCAUCCCGCUGAGACUGUAGCCCCCGGGCACGCUGCGGUCCCCCUAAAGGCACGGCGUUUGGGGAGGUGAGGUCUCGCACUACCGAGCCCUGAGUCUCAGCUUGUGAGGGGACUUUCAUACGCCGUCCGGCGAGAGUUCGCACCGAUGGUUUUGGGACGGGGGGGUAGUCCUGAACCCACUGCGGUCCCGAUGUGCCUUCACGUUCGGUUUUAAAUGGAAACGCUCCUUGUUCAUGCCACACCGGUCUUUUGGGGAUGGUGUUUGUGUACAGGCCUAGAAUAUUCGCUGGCUGUGUGUUUCCUCAGAAUGUACAAUAAACAGGUUUCCGUGAGUAUGCUGAAUAAUUUAUGCUUAAAAGCCAUGUGAUGACUGUAUUGGGUUAAAAGCCAUGUGAUGACUGUAUUGGGUUAAAAGGCUUAAAUAUAAAUUCAUCACAAUAUGUUUUAAGUGAAAUGAAAAGCCUCAAAGGACUUAAGUUGAUCAGCCCUAACAACAACAGCCCUGCAGCCACGUAUAAUGCCUACUGUACGUCAAACAACACCCACUGUACUCACCACUGGGCAGAUGGUGGAUUCUUUCAGAGGUUUGAAUCUUAAACAAUCUUGGCGUUGUGCACUGAAAAGACUAUUGACAAUUUUGCAUAUUGAAUUUAGAGGCAAUAUGCUUAUUUUGCGCUUUUCUAAAGCAUGCUUUAUUUAUGUUUUCAUGUCCUAUUUAAGACCACAAAUUUGUAUCAUUCUUUCAACAAAGCUUGCCCACAAACUGUCUUGGUACAUAGCAUACAAUUUUUAAACUAGAGUGAUUAAUUGUUAGAUCCUGCAUGAAAGAGUGCAUAUUGCUAUGAUUCAUGCUCAUUUAUAUAUGCCUCCUGAGUAUGUAUAGCCUACAGUAUAUUUGUAUAUGGGCCUAUACAUAAUUAUUAAUAUUUGUCCAAAAGUAAUUGACCAAUGAAACAUAGUCAUGUGCAUUCCCAGUCACUCACCCACAAACCACUCUGAUCCUCACUGUAAGAAGUUAUAAUGUUGUAUGUAAUGUAUACAAUAUAUUUUCUGUCUGUUGAAUUUAUUAAAAUGAUAUGUUGCCAUGUUAA